AUGAAAGCCGUCGUAAUAAGCAAAUUACUAAAAACUAUCGAUGAGCUCGAAGUGGACCUAAAUGCACCCGAGCCUGAGUUGAAAGAAAAUCAAGUUUUGGUUGAGAUUAAAGCGGCCGCCCUUAAUUAUUUUGAUAUUUUACAA